GUGUGUGUGUGUGUGUAUGUGCACCUUACCCUGGAAAAGUCCACUUUAAGAGAAGAGCGGUUAUGAAUCAAAAGUUCCCCGGAUCCCUGCUGCACCAGGAGCUUCUCCUACGUUCAACCAGAGAGAGAGAUUAGGACGAAAAGGUGAAAGCUGGAUUGUGCCAAUCAGCAAUGUUAGCAUGCUCUAAUCCAAACCACGGACCUAAAAGACAAAUGUGUAGGACACGCAGUUGGUAGAGUUGGAGGGGGGGAAGAAGAAUAGUGCAGCUGAAAGGAUGCAUGCAGUCUGGAUAUUCCUCCUAUUCACCAAAGAGGGAUUUUCUCUAGCACAGAAGAUUAAAGAUGAAGGUGCUGGGCCUAAAGGAGGUAAACCCACUGAGCAGCCACGAAAAGCUCGUCACUGUGGGACCUGGCUUCGAAAAACAGACGGUGGAAGUUUCAGUUCCCCAAACUAUCCAAACAUGUACCCGCCAAACAAGGAGUGCCUUUAUGUGCUGGAAGCCCAUCCCCGCCAGAGGAUCGAGCUGCUUUUCAACGCUUUUUUUCACAUCGAAUCAUCUUUCGAGUGUCGUUUCGACCACAUUGAGGUUCGAGAUGGUCCCUUCAGCUUCUCUCCUCUAAUCAACCGUUACUGUGGCACCGACAGCCCGGGCCUCAUCCACUCCAGCGGCCGGUUCAUGUGGAUCCGGUUCAUCAGCGAUGAAGAGCUAGAAGGAAAAGGAUUUCAAGUUCACUACAAGUUUACAGCAGACCCUGAAUUCCAUCUUCAUGUGGGAGGACUCAUGAACCCCAUCCCAGAUUGCCAGUUUGAGCUAACGGGGUUGGACGGCAUGAUCCGCUCUAGUCAGGUAGAAGAGGAGAACAAGGUGAAACCCGACCAGGCAGUGGACUGCAUCUGGACUAUACAAGCCCCAGCAAGGAACAGAAUUUCUCUGAAAUUCUUGGAGUACCAGAUGGAAAACUCAAACGAAUGUAAGAAGAACUUUGUGGCUGUUUACGAUGGCAGCAGUGCCAUUGAAGACCUGAAGGCCAAGUUUUGUAGUACAGUUGCAAACGAUCUUAUGCUGGACACUGGUUUUGGAGUGGUGAGGAUGUGGGCCGAUGAGACGAGCCGUCUCAGCCGUUUCCGGAUGUUGUACACUAUUUUCACUGACCCUCCAUGUAUGGGCAGUGCAUUCUUCUGCCACAGCAACAUGUGCAUAAACAAUUCUCUGGUGUGCAACGGAGUGCAAAACUGUGUCUUCCCCUGGGAUGAAAGCAGUUGCCAAGAAUCAAAGCCCAAAGUUGCUUUUCUUCACAUCACGAAGACUCAGGGAACAAUAAUCUGUGUAUCCACGGGGGUGGUGCUGUUACUCUUUAUUUUCUCCAUUAUGGUGCAAGUCAAACAGCCUCGUAAAAAGGUGGUGAUACGUAAGAACAAGCUGUUCCGACGUGCAGACCUGCAGAAGGUGUUUGACCCGCCGCACUAUGAGCUCUUCAGCCGCAGAGAAAAGGAGAUGUCUGGGAACCUUAGGGAGCUGUCAGAUGAACUCCUGUCCAUGCAGGCUCUGAGGAGAUCCUCAUCAGGAUCACGAUGCAUCCAUGAGCACCACUGUGGCUCUCAGGCCUCCAUCAGCUCCUCCAAAGCCGGUCACUGUGGAUAUGUCUUGGGCAAAGGAUCGAUGGAGCUACCCCCUUUUAGAGGAGAGGGCCAGUCUUCCAUACCUCCUUUCAGGGAGUUGGACAGCAGUUUGCGGAAGAAGAGCUGGCCUGGUGUGAAACAAAGCCACAUGCAGAGUCGGCCCAGCGUUGGGGAUCGAGUGCUGUGGCAGCAAGACAGAGUUUUGGAAGAGGAUGUGGAGGUGGUGGAGGAGGAGGGAAGGUACGAUCUGUACAUGCGGAGAGCUGGAAACCGAAAUAGAGGGAAAUGUGAAAUAGCUCAGCAAAGAUCUUUAUCGAUGGACUUUUGAAAAGAGAGGCGGGAGUUUGCACGGCAAAACCUGUAACAGUUCUGGGGCUGAAAUGUGUUAACAUUCCUAAAAGAGGAAAGUGAAUAGCAGAUUUGCAUCUUUUUUCCACUUGCCUUCUUUAAAGUAAGGUUUAAAAACUCUGACUUUUGUUAAAGAGCAGCAGAAUCUGCUUGGACACUAGCAUGGCUGCUCCGUUUGUGAUGAGUGUAAAAAUGAAGACAUAUCAUGAUGCUGUGCUGCAUUUUAACCUGAAGCAAAAUAUAUAUAUAUUUUUGCCAUGUUUGAUUUGAGGCUUUGAAAUGAAAUGUAAUUUCUUUGGGGGGAUACCUCCGUUUCUGUUUGUGUGUGUAAAACAAUAAAUUACUAAAUUACUUCAA